GGCGGCGAUUUCGAAGAAACGAGAUAAACAGAGAGCAGUAAGUUUGCUAUUCAUUUUAUUGUGUUAGACUGCUUCGAUUGCUUCGGAUUAUAUCAAUGUCGUCUGGACAAUUAACAGACGAGCAGCGAAGGAGGAUUGAAGAAAAUCGUCGAAAAGCUCUUGAGAAACGAGCUGCUCGUUUACGCCAACAACAAGAGCAGACGGCUUGGUCGACGAAUACUGCGUCAACAACAUUUAAACUUAAUAUCAACAGAGGCAAUUUUGUCUCCAGUAACGCUGCUCAACCUCCAAGAGAUGAAAAUGCAUUGCUUUCUUCAAACAAACCUAACUCGUACGUGCCACAAAGGCAGAUGUCGGCGAAAUCUGAAGGAGUCAAACACAGUUUAAACGUGACACCAUCGGUCGGUCAAGCUUCUAAUGCGAACCUUUCAAUGAACGGUAAUACAAUACGUUCUUCAACUGGCUUUAGUGGAGAAUCGCAAAAUAGUUUAGUGGGUGCAUCGAAGGCAAUGGUCAAGCCCUCAAAUAAUGAAAGAUCUUCGCGCUCUUUUCAAAGCACUGUGUCCCAAUUUUAUCGUCCUCAAAACAUUCCGGACUCAUCCUCAUCUAAAAGGAAAUUCGAAAGUACCAACCCUGGUACCAAACCAUCGACAGUAAGCUCUUCAGGAUUCGCAAAUAGCAAUUCAGGAUCCCUAAAAUCCGGUGUUGUUUCCAGUGUGAAUGUCAAAAAUACAGAGAAAGAAGUGAAAGGAAACUGUGUAUUAAUGAGCAGAGAGAGGUUUGCUGUUGUUGUACCAUAUCAGCCUCAGGUUAUUGGGAUUUUUAAGACAAUUCCAAGCAGAAGUUAUGGUAAGAUUCAUUUAAUUGGUUUACUGUACAUCCCCAUGUAAGAGCCCACGCAUUAAUAAUUAUUAGUGCCCUUUCUUUAAAAUAAGGGCCCUUCCCUUUGGGCACUAUUCAUAUCAGAAAAAUGUAUUCAAAUGAGAAAAUUUCUCACCUGCCCCUGUUCCCUUUCAUAGAUCUGGCCAGAUCUUCAGUGUUUGAAACCAUCAUUAUUAAUAGUCAUCGGCUAUGGCUUACUUAUAGAUGUUUUGUGCUGGAAUGUAAAACUCCCUGAAGAAGCCUACAUUAGCCAGACAAAAGGCGUAUGAUAGUCAACAAGUUUUAACACUGCAGUUUGCAGAGUGCUGCUCACUUCAGUCAAAAAGGGGGCUUGUAGGCCUGCAUGACUACUUCUGGCUUCAUGUAAUAAGAAUAAAUUUUAAUUCCCCUGAAUAACAUUUACCCGCCUCCCCCACCCUUGUUCAAGACUAGGUUAACUGUAGGUAGUUAAUAGGUGUUUCUCCACCACAUUUUUUUUCACAUUUUCUUGUUCUUAUAGACAAAAAAACAUGCCAGUGGAACUUUGCUUUGACUGACUAUAACAGGCUCAGUAAGUUUUAUUGCAAUGUUAUUUUAGGUAAUACUUAAUAAAUAUUCAAUUUAAUAGUCAAUAGAACCAAGCUAUUGUUUAGAGGUUAUAAUUUGUGAAAAAGAAGGAUGGAACUUUUAGUCAGUGUACAGUACAUGUAGUUCACCCUUGUAAAAUAAAUUUGUCUUUUAUUGAAUUAUUUAUUUAUCAUUUAUUCAAUAUUUAUCUUUUUAAUGAAUUUUCCUGGACCUCUUACUCAUCAUCUUUGUUUAAAAUCCAGCCAUAUCACUUCAUUAAUCAAAGAUAUAAUAAUUUUAUGUUCAUCCAUUUGAAAGGUAAAAACACUCUUGGAUCUACAUGUACAGCAAGGCUGUCACUAAAAUUUUGAGUUCCCGAAUAUAUGCAAUAAGUAGACAGGAAAUUGAGCUAGGAAAUUCUUUUGAUUCUACUUUCAUUUUGUUUCCCUUGAAAAUAGGGGAGGGUCAAGCUCUUAGCAGCGGGGCAAAUUCCUGGCCUUGGGCCUUAAUGACAGCCCUGGUUGGUCCUUACAUAAUUUACAUAAAGUAUUCCACUUCAACUUGUUGUACAAUCGUAUAACUCUCUUGCAGUGAAAGCAGUACAAUCAUUACCUGCCCAUGUCAUUGUAGAAGGACUACCUAAGGCUGUGACAUCAACAUUUCUGAAAACCACACCAGGCACUUUACAAGAAUUGUCAACCACUAACAUUAAUCUGAACUCAGUUGAUCACAAGCUUGUUCAGGCACUGAUGCCAUUUCAGCAAGAAGGAGUCAGGUGGGUGCUGCUUAUGCUUAUGUUCUGGAAUUACCACAUCAAAAAACUGACCGAAAAGUUUGCCUCUAGAAUCAGAAAACAUGUUAGACAACUGGUUCCCCAGGCAACACUGCAUUUUAUUUGACUAAGUUUUAAUUUAACCUUACUUUGUCUACUGUAGUAGUGUUUGAAAAUGAGUGGGGUAACUUUACAAGAUAAGCUGCAAAAAUUGCAGAAUAACUUAAGCAGCCCACGUUUUCACAUUCUCAAAUUAUGAUGCUGAUGCUGGCCAGUUGUUAGAAAUUUUGGGGUGGAAAAAUAUUGACAGCCAAGGAAACACACAAAAGGAAAUCAUCAUGGUAUUCAAAUACCUACAUGGGUUAGCUUUGGACUAUUUUGAAUUAAAAUUCUCUCAGUGCAAUACAAGCUACAACCUAAGGGACUCUGUGUUCGAUUACUAUGCAAAAAUUAUUUCAAAAGUUCUUUUAGUUGUAGUGACUAUUACAGAUGCUUAGCACCAAAUAUAAUAUGUAACCAGUAUUUGUUUGGACUUGAAUGAAUGGAAUGCAGAUCAUGCACAUUUUGACCUUUCCUAUCAUGUGAAACUUACCCAACGCACCAGCUUUAAAGCAAGAGCGAUUCGACCUUUGAUCAGAAGCCUUAAUCUAACCCACACCUUGUAACCAUCGCUUAUUACUAGUUUAUAUACACUUGGCCCCAGUUGUUCAAAUGUUUGAUAGCUCUAUCCACAGGGUAAUCCACUAUCCAGUAUGUAAGUAUUGGGGAAAAUUUGCACUAUUCACUGGAUAGAGCUUUAUUCACCACAGAAUGAUAUACAUUGUUUUCAUCCUCUGGCAGCAUAAAAUUAUUUUAAUACACAUAUGCCAUAAGUCUUUUAGUAUAACCUUUGAGCCUAUGCCAAUAAAAUACAACUUAUUGCUUGUUCCACUGUUUAACAGUUUCAGCAUUCGUCAUGAUGGCCGAGUGUUGAUAGCUGAUGACAUGGGCCUGGGGAAGACCAUUCAAGCUAUCUGUGUUGCUUGUUACUAUCGUCCAGAGUGGCCACUCCUUAUUAUUACACCAUCCUCUCUCAGAAUAACUUGGCAGCAGGUUGGUAACUUAUUGUGGGCUCAAAUUAAAAAUUAAUGUGACUAUUGCUUUGGUUAAAUUUACAUCACUGUGGUAACAUUACUAGUUAAGAGUAAAAUGUAGGUUUUCUUAUUUGCAAUAGCGUCUGUCAUUAAAUUACCUACAUGUGCUUUACAGAUCAUCAUACGUUUCUGGGAAACUGCCCAACUACCCCUCCCCUAAGCCAACAUUAACACUUACUUCUCACUUAAGGCAAAUUUUGGCUUAGGGGAGGGGUACGUGAGCAGUAUACAUGCUAUUUAUUACUUCUUGCCUAGCUUAGCUUUUUAGCCUUCUAGCAACUAGUUAAUUAGCCAUCAAGCCAUUCUCCAAAGGUCCAAACUGAUUUCUAUGACACAUAAUGCCAGCUUCACUAUUUUUCGUCUCCAUCAAUGGAUUGAAGAACAUAGAAACUCCACUACUGUAGGAACAUGAAAGAAUACCGUGGAAUCACUACUCUUGACCUCUCCUCCCUACGAGCAGAGUCUUCUAUUCUGUUCACCAACAACUUCUCCAUCUUGAAAUAUUGAUGUAAUGGAAAACUGGACUGUUUAAUUUAUGAAAUGGGCUUUACUCAAUCAAGAGAAAGCCUACUGUAAUUUGACAACCGAGUGUUGAUCAGACUCAAUUUGAUUUGGAACAUUACAAAGAACUAUUGAGACAGUGUGACAUCUAAAUCUAUAUGACCUCAAAAUGUGUAUUUUUUUGCUAAUUUUUGUUAUAGUUGCAUUUAAAACCAAUAGUAUGAAAGACAGGAGCUCUAUGACCUCAGCCAAUGAGCAUGAAGUAAUAAGCUAUGAAGAGGAUCAAGUUGUCACUCAUUAAACCCUGCUUAAAAACCCUAUGCUUUUGAACAAAGUAAUUAAAAUUUAGAAGUUCCAUCUACAAAGUUAAAAAUAUUCUUUUUGUAGGCUUUUAUGAAAUGGCUCCCCUCUGUAGAUCCACAGCACAUCAACGUGGUUUUCACUGGAAAGGAUAAUCCAACAGCAGGACUUGUAAACAUCAUCAGUUAUGAUCUAUUGAGUAAAUGUAUAGAGGAUUUGAAAAAGAAGCAGUUCAGGGUCAUUAUAGCUGUAAGUUAUAGUUUUAUUACCAUAAAUUCUCUAUUAAGCACCCCCCUCUCUAAUAAGCCUCCUCCCUUUUCAGGGGAAGAAAGUUAAUGGCUCCCUGUCUCUUUCAAGCCCUCCCCACUCACCCUUAUUAUUCUUCACUAGUAAAUGAUAAACUGUAUUAAUGAAUCACAACUGUAAAAGUUGGUGCGGACUGAUCUGGAAUGGUUUGUUCACCAACUGGAUUUGCUUGAUUUGUUUUUGAUCCUCGGCUGCAUGACCUCCAGCUUCUUGUACUUGAGCUUUUCCAUCUUGCAUUCUAGUUCUUUAUGGAAAACUGAUACCAUCAUCUGGGCCAAAUUGAAUAAACCCCCCGUCUCUAUUAAGCCUCCCCUCAAAUGUGUUUGAAAUAAGCCCCGCCGGGCUUAAAAGAGGAUUUACGGUAUUAUGGCAGUAUAUAUGCAAACUUACCAUUUUCAAAUUUCUCUUGUUUAACGUCAGUGAAAAUGUGGGUUAUAUUAUACUUUAUUUCUAUAUUGAAUUUUUUUUUAAUUUUCUGUAUUGAAUUCUUUAAUUCGAUGUGUUGCUUGGUUUAGUACUGCUAAGUGUUGUAACUUUAUUUAUGUCCUCUGAUAGGAUGAGUGUCAUUUCAUCAAGAGCUACAAAGCCUCGAGAACUAAGGCUGCCCUGCCUUUACUUAAGGUAUGUGAUCGUUUUGCAUAUAUUUGCUAUCACAAUUGGCCGUUUUUGUACUAGAGGCCUCUCCGGCCUCCUUGACUGAAUCUUGCUCAUUCUGGUAUGGUUUAAAAGAUCUCUUCACCCUACACAAGUCAGGAACAAGUUAGCUGACAAGGACUUGACUGUUAAAACUGACGACGUCACAAGCGGUAGCAGGGACGCUAAUUAGGGCGAAUGGGCUGAACAUUUUUGACAAUAUUAACUGCGACUGGAGGACAACAAUGCUGGCUGUAACCAACGGUUUGAUGUGACACACAUGUCCAAUACUCACCACUGGUUUGUUUGAGUGAAACAAAAGGAAGUACAUUGCUUGGCUGCAUCUUAUUAGCCAAGUGUAGAGAGAGGGUCCUGUCAAGUGGUGCGACUCGUACGAGUCGUACAAGUACAACUGGUGAAAUAGCAUCUCAUUGGAGACACUUAGAAUGUGUGAGCAAAAUUGUCGAGAGGGGGCCUCUCCGAGUGGUACGACUUGUAUGUCUUGUGGGAGUCGUGCAACUGGUGAAAUAGCAUCUUAUUAGAGACACUUAGAAUUUGUGAGCAAAGUUGUCGAGAGGGGGCCUCUCUGAGUGAUACGACUUGUACGAGUCGUCCAACUAGAGACACGAAAUUGAGAGCGGAGUUAUCUCACUAGUGACAACUGGUGAAAAAUUUGGAGACACUUAGAAUUUGUGAGCAAAGUUGUCGAGAGGGGGCCUUUCGAGUGGUACGACUCGCACGAGUCGUCCAACUGGCGAAAUAGCAUCUCACUAGUGACACUUAAAAAUUUAGAGCAGAGUUGUCAAAAGGAGAGCUUUCGAGUGGUACGAGUCGUGCAACUGGUGAAAUAGCGCGUCCCCGGGAACGCAUAAUUUUAUAUACCAUGAGUAUUCCUCGUUCUAUAAGCAUCAUACACGACAAACAUUCGGUGCAUGAAACUGCAAAAUGGCUUAAAAUAUUACGAUCAUACAAAAAGUUCCAGUAAGCGUGUGAAUAAGAACGUAUACACCCUGAAUAUUCCUCGUUCUAAAAGCAUCCUAAAGGCCAAAAUUUCACCAGUUGCGCGACUCGUGCAAGUCGUACCACUUGAUGUUUAGACCAUUUAUGACAUUGGUGCAGCGUUACAGUUUACUUAUCCCACCAAGCCGUCUGCAAAACAAGGCGGUUUAACGCGAUGGAUUGAAAGGCCAUUCCCUCGUAGCAUUCCUUCUCGUUCUUUUUUUUUUUUCUUGCGUUUAUUCAGUAGAGCGAGGCACUUUAAAAGAGGAAACAAUCGCAAGCAGUGUACCACCCAUGGCACCACGAACGUUAGAGAAGCAAUAGGUUUAACAAUGAACGUGGAACGUUGAUUUUGGCACAUUUCUUUGCCGCCACUGAAGGACAGCAUUGACGUGAAACUUCCUAAUGCGAUGUUUUGGAGGACGCAACAACGCAACUCCGCAUUUUUCUUUCUCUUUAUAAACUUGAACUCGGUCCCUAAGAAUUCAGCUCCUAAAAAAACUGAAAAAUUUAAUAUCGUGAUGAAGUUUAAAACUGCGCGAAUAUUUGCUUGUUUAUCUUUGUUUCCGCUGCCGUUGCUGUCGUAGUUGUCGACAAAUUAGCAAUAGAUUUAGGGAGCAAUCGGGCAUCACCCUUUUCUGUAAAUUUUAUCUUUACCGCCCCAGCACAACUGCGAGAUAAAGCUACGAAGAAUGUGAACAGCAAUGUGAUAAAUUUUACAGUAUCUCUCUGAGCUCAGUCCCAGUCCUGUCUUCUCUGCUCCUUCUUGAGUUUUAAUUGACACUACAAAGAGUAGGUAAAUACAAAGCUUUUCUGGUAAAGGCUUCCACAAGAGGCGAAGUCGAAGGUAACAAGGACUGUAGGAAAACAGUUGAUACGUUUUUGAGUCUCACUUUCGAUUUUAUUAAUUAAUGCUUUUUCUUUAACUAUUAAGUUUGUCGAGUUUUCUCGACGUAUUUUUCUCUCUUUACUUAGUACAUUCUUUUCAGAUGAACUAUAUUGCGUAUUGUUUACAGGCAGCCACCCGUGUGAUUUUGUUAUCCGGGACCCCAGCUCUCUCCAGGCCCUUGGAGCUUUACACGCAGAUCUGUGCCAUUCAGCCAGGGUUGUUCCCCACCUUUCAUCUCUUUGGAAUCCGAUACUGUGCUGGACAACAGGUAGCAAGAAGUUUUUCGGUUUUUUAGAGAACGCUAUGCGAACAGCAUUCAUUGUCAUCUUUCCGAGCUCAUGGACUGGAGCGGGUGAUUUAGCAGUUAUUGUUUUAUAAACCAAAAGAAAAGUACCAACAGAGGACACUAUUCUGACUAUUUUGAGUCUUUUACUGGAGACGGGACUGCCAUUUGACGUGGUCAUCCGAGUCACGUGAAUGUCUUGCUGGAAGUACCUUCAUUUCUCAGUUAUUUUAGGAACCUGAUUAUCCGAUCUUCCGCUCUGCAGUCAAGCGCUGUACCGACUGAGCUAAUCCUGCUGCGGUUGACCACAUGAACAAAGAACAAUGAUCUACUAUUAGAAAGCAGCAAAGAAGAAAAGCGACUUACUCGUUGAAAAAAAAAGAUGGUGAAUUUUAAGCUCGGAAAAUGAAUAUGUGAUAAUCAGCAUGUUACGAGCGUGAUCAGAUCUCUCCAUAGCUCAUCGGAUAGGACGCCCGCUCGGUGUUCAGGCGAUCAUAGGUUCGAAUCCUGUCGAGGAAUCAGGAUUUUUUUCUUUGUCCCACGCUUGCAACAUGCUCAAUUACCUAUUUUAGUUGACUUGCCAAUGUUUGCAAAGUAUAAAGCUAAUGACAGAAGAUUGUAAAGCCAUUUCACGAUCAUGGUCCUUGCUUUUUCGUUUUUUUUGUUUCAGAAUCGAUUCGGCUGGGACUUUUCAGGGGCAUCUAACAUGCAAGAACUUCAGCUUUUACUUGAGGAAAAAGUAAUGAUAAGGUGAAAAAUCUUUCUUUGUAUGCUGUUGACCAUGGGUGAAUCAGUCAGCUGAUCGACCAAUCAAUCAAUCAAUCAAACUGAAUCGAGUUAAUUUUCAGUCGACCUACCAAUCAGCCGGCAAUUUCCCACUUGAACCUUUUAGUCUGUCAAUCAACCAGAGGUCAGCCACUAAGGUGGUACAAAUGUCAGUUAUUCAGUGCAGAAGCAAUUACAGUCAACUUCCUUUAUAGCGGACAUUGCAUGUAGGGACCUCGAGUUAGUGUCUUCAUUAGCGAGAGUCCGUAAUAGCGGGAGUUUAUUUCAGUCAAAUGUUUGUAAUUUAGUUUUUCCUGGAAUUUAGCUGCUGACCGUAUUAUUGGCGUGUCCGUUACAGCGGGGUGUCCGCAAGGCGAGAGUUGUCUGCAAUAGAAAGAGAGAAAUGUGGAUUACUGUUGAACUAUAGUGCUAGUUAUACGGUGGAUUAAAAAACUGAAAUCAGUCAAGUAUUUGCCUGGCAAAGUGGCAGUAUGGUGAGAGAGGACUGGAGAGGACUAAUGCUCCAGAACUACGUUAGUUAAUAAACUCAAAUAUUAGUGAACCAGCCUAGUUACGAUUUUCAACCUCAUAGCCUAACCUUACAGUUGCGUCUAAUUUAUUUACACUACAGGCGAUUGAAGAAAGAUGUCCUGUCUCAACUUCCUUCCAAGCGACGACAAGUGGUAUGUCAUAUUCAAGAUCAUUUUAUCAGUGUUUUUGUGAAUGAAGUUUUGUUUGAAGCAUUUCCAAUUUUUGUUCUGUAGGUCCAGCUUGACCCUUCCCUUAUUAAAACUAAAACUUUGGAAAGAGCUGCAAAAGAAGUGUCAAAAGCUAAGGUAAUUUCUUAAUAUGACUGUUAAUCAUUUUAUCAUCUUAUAAUCGAACUAAAAGACAAAGUAAAAUAAAUCCUCUUUUUAGUAAACUUUUUGAAAGAACAACGAAUUUCUAUGUGAGGACCCAUAUGACAACAACAACAACAACUUUAUUUGUACCCUACAUUGAUUUACAUGAUACAAAAAUAAAUAGAUAAAACUGAUUUGGAGAGAGUACAAGCUGCCCAUAAUGACCAUUGAGGGUUUAAAAGAUAGGGCAACCUUACUUAGGUUAUUAAUAAAUGAUCAUAUUAAAGGGUCAGGUACCACACACCACACACAGCUACACAAAGCACACACACACAAAAAGGGAAAAAAGCUAGUGGAAAAAGAAAGACAGCAAGAGAAAGCUAAGUAAAGCUAAGUAUACCAGUAUUUUUUGUGGCUACCAGUAUCAAACAAUGGUAGCCAGAAAAAAUAACAAUUGACUUGACAAACCCUUGAGACAAACAUUACCCUACCUACUCGCCCGGUAAUGAAAGUUUUGACAAUUAUUGUAUAUAUCUGAUUGAGUAAGCUAUAUUCUAUCAGUUAUUGUUAUUUGCGUGUAAGUUAAUUGUUUAAGAAUUCGUUUCUCUCAGUGUUUUUUUACUUUCUCACAGCAAAAAGAGCAACACGGUGCCCUUCUUAAUUACUUCUUUGAAACGUCUGCCUGCAAGAUGCCAGCGGUCAGGUGAGAAAAGGCUGUCAGCAUGCGCACAUGUUCAUUUUCAUUGUCGGUUUAAGGUGGCUGACUGCAAAUCAACCCCUGUACUUUGAUGGAUCAGCGCUACUACUGCGAGGCACUGACUUUUCGCAAACUCUUCAUGUAUACAAGUUAUACUAAAAAAGGGGUGAAUGAACUUUGACAUCCGUUACGUUUCGAACCUCAACAACUCGAUGCUGUUUAAAAUCAAUACUAAUUUUUAUGGUAAUGGUACUAGCAUUACUGAAAAUAACCUAAUUAAAUGAAAAAAAAAUGCACUCUAUUUGAGAGUCAAUGCAUUCAGCACGAACAAGAACUACUGUACUAAUUGGGGACUCUAUUUUUUUACGUCUCCUACUGGACACCGGACUGCCUUUUUACGUGCUCAUCCGUGCCACGCAAAGGUCUAGCCGUUUGCAGGGCAAAGGAAGUACCUUCAUUUCUCAGUUAUUUUAAGACCCUGAGUAUUGGUCCGUCCCAGGGAAUCGAACCCACGACCUCCCGCUCUGCGGUCAAGCGCUCUACCGACUGAGCUACAUGUAAUCCUGCCGCGGUUUACUAGCUCAGUCAGUAGAGCACUUGACUGCAGAGCGGGAGACCUGUAACGGAUGUUAAAAUUUCAGUUUCUUUUUUUCAAAUUUCGCUUACUGUACUUUGCUGUUACAAAAAUAAAUUGGUAUACAAAGAAUGCUUGCCAUUAAUGUACAGUAGUUUAUUUACUUUUAUUUACCAGGGAGUACAUUUUAGACCUGCUUGAAAGCGGCCGCAAGUUUCUUGUGUUUGCCCAUCACAAAAGCAUGUUAGACGCCAUUUGCAGUUGCCUUAAACAAAAAGUAAGUUGUGUACCCUUUCAAGAUUAGUUGACUUUCUUUUCACACCAAUCUUGCAAACUGAGGAAAAAGGGACUUCAGCUCUAAUAUUUGUUUAUAUUUUCCUUCACUUUCUUAGAAGUACAGUUACAUUCGUAUUGACGGCAGCACACCAGCAGGGGUUCGACAGAAUCUGUGUGAUCAAUUCCAACAGGAUAAGGACUGUCUGGUAGCUGUUCUCUCUAUUACUGCUGCUAAUACAGGUAUGAAAGUACUUUUCACUUGUUCUUUCACUGUAACCAAACUGGCGGCACCAUGCGAGUGGAGCCUCCUUUGUCUUCUUGAGUGAGGAGUGAAAAGAGGCCCUCUCUUAUUCACGUCAAACCUUUGAGGUCGCCGCAGCCCAAAUCUCUGGACCAGUCAUUCUUCUUUUCUCUCGUCAAACUGGGUUUUUCGAGUGCGAGCAUCCUUUUAUUGAUAAACCGAUGGUCAUUCUUGAGCCAGCUGUAUCCUAGCAACAUCCCGCGCAUGCUCAGACCGUCAGCGUCUGAAAUAUCUCCUUUACUUUGCGCCUUUCAGCAUACAGCAAUUUCUUUACAACUAGCAAACCAGUUUUCAAAUUCUAAGUUAAAAUUGGGAAAAAAAUCAUUUCAUUUACUUCUUCAAAAUUUCCAAAAACCACUGUCAAACAGUCAGGUUUGCUUUUAUACAAAUAACCAACUGUAAAAAAUGUCGUGGGAUAUUUGUACUCGUUUGGUGCAUUUUUUGUACAGUAACCAAUGCAAUAAGAUAUUGUACAUAAUUAUGAACAUUCUAUGUCCUCAGGGCUGACUCUUACCGAGGCAAACGCGGUCGUGUUUGCAGAGCUCUUCUGGAAUCCUGGGGUGAGUUCAGAAGUUAGCUGUUAGCUAUAGUUAAGGCGCACUUAAUCGAUCGUCUGAUUUAUCCCUAGACGGCUGUAAUAUUAUCACCCUGUGUGGCGCCCGUAACGUUUUUUUUUUUUUUUUCAAAGCCCUCGUAGUUAACAACCGUUUAAAAGGAUUUGUCCUGCCGGUGAUUGUAAACUCUAAGACUAUUAUUAAGGUAUUUAGAGGAAAUACGGAUAUUUCAGAAACCGACCGGAUGACGUUGAUACUGGUUUCCCCGCGAAAUGGCUUCUGAGGAACGACUACAGAAAUUCCAUACUGAUGACGCUUCUGAUUGGUCAUGCCGCGUGGAAAAUUUACUUCAACCAAUCAGAUACAUCACCCAGAUCUGAUUAGUGACACGUCAUCAGUAUGGAAUUUCUGCGCUUGUUUCUCAGGCGUCAUUUUGCGGGCAAACCAGUAGUGGCGUCGUAAAAUGUCGGCUGUUUUCUCAGACUAUGAUGAUAAUUCGGGGUAUUGACUAGCUGAUUUAGCUCUGCUUAAAUGGUUCUCACUGAAAAAGUUAUUGCCCGCGUUCGUGAAUUGCGUGCGCUUUGUAGAAAUCUCUCCGAGAGGGGAAGUUGUAUCCCGAUAAGAACUCGAUAUUGAAACCAGUUUGGUCCACUGGCACAACACAACCGGACAUCCUACAAACUUAAAGUGUGCUCACUUUUAUCACUCCUUUCGUUGUGCUUCAAGAGAGAAUGAUCUAGCUCAUUCUCUCUUGUGUGCUUAUUUUAGCCUGAGAAUAUUGGCAUGACCUGAAUAAAUUCUUGCAAACGACCUUCGUGUGUGAGCCGAGAUUUAAGUUUCUUCAAUUGAACACUCAAUAUCGGAGUUAGACGCAUUAAAGAUAGUAAAAGUAAUGAAAACGUUUGGCUCAGAAAACUAAACAUCCACCCCACAAAUCACCCUUAACUUGGCUAACAAGAUUGAUAAAGUUUACAUUGUAAUUAGGUUUUAUGCAUAUGUUCAAAAUCGACCCCCUGUAUGGACAAGGGUAACUGGUUAAAUGAAUGUCCCAUUCUAAUUCUUUCUUACAAGUUAGUGCAUACGGCAAAAAGAAGCUGUUAUUUUUCUAAUAAAAAUGUUUAGUUGAUUUCGCUUUCUAGUGGUACAAUACAAUGUAAUGAGUUUAUUAACAUGUCCCAAAUUAGGAUUUUCAAUGUUAAUUUACAAUCACCAGAAAAAAACCUAAUCACAAGACUUUUAAAAAAGUACUAAAAAUUAUUAAGAUGAACUAAACUAAAUUUGACCCUAAAAACAUUACACAAGACAAAGUAUAGAUGCCCAAAGUUCCCUACGGGCACGAUGUUUAAAAAGAUCAAUGUUGUAGUUUUUUUUUUUUUAUCUCGGGUAAUUUUUGUUUCUGGGUUUAGUAAUGUAUGCUAAUGAAGUUAAAACAACGGGAAAAAUAAAAAUUACCUGAGACAAAAAAAUUAACUACAACGAAUCCUCAACGCUUUUAACUUUCGCUCCCUUUUUUCGCCUCUUUUUGCGUCAGCCACGCUAUAGUCGUGUUCGGCUUGUGCAUCCCUGAGUACAAGUGGCGGUUUUUAUAGAACUCAAAAAUGCAUUAUCUUCUCAUAGAACAUUGAAAACUAUCUUCUAAUUGGCAGGUACUGACCUUAUAAUUGGGUGUCAGAUAAGUUCACAUAUGAGAUAACAAUCUUAAAGUGUUUUAUUUGACACUUGACUAGCAACUGUUGUUUUGCUAGGCUCUUGUACAGGCCGAAGACCGCGUGUACAGAAUAGGACAGAAGAACGCUGUCAACAUUCAUUACCUUGUGGCUAGAAAGACUGCAGAUGACUACCUGUGGUAAGAUGCCAGACAUGUUUCUGCGGAUUUUAUGUGAAGUUUGUGCCUUAUUCGCCACUUCAGAAACGAAAAGGGAACUGGACCGAGUUUACUUUCGCUAAGACCUCCGGGAUUGUUACCACGAGGGACAGGAAAAAAUUAGCCAAUAGGGAGCUUAAGCAACAGCGUUUUUGAGCGACGGACGUCAACCGGAAGUGGACUUUUUGCAGCAUUGGGCUGUGGUUUGGUUGAAACCCUUGGGUAAAUCGUCGUUAUAGGAGAAAAGAAACUCAGCAAUACAAAUUUGGUAGUGUCCAGGCAUAUAAAAAGGGAGAAGGCCUCACUUCCGGUUGACGUGCGUCGCUCAAAAACGUCUUUGCUUAAGCUCCCUAAUAGCUGAGUGGCGUGUCCCCAGUAACAAUCCCAGAAUCAAUUGCGGGACACGCUUUAGCUGCCUUCUCGUUUCUAAAGUUGCGAAUUGCCCUUUAUGCUUUCUAUAUUUUGGCAAAUGAUAGCAAAAUUAAUUGUUAUGAUUUUAGUUGCAGGAUAAAUAGAUUAAGAAGAAAGGUUAUCAUUUCUUUGAGAAAACAUUUUUUUUUUCACCAAAACUUUUGCCGCUGUUUUUCAGGCCAUUAAUCCAAAAUAAGCUGGAGGUUUUGGGCAAAGCGGGACUUUCCGAGGAUGUGUUGGAAGCCGACUGUACUUUCUUCAAGGUGCGCGUUCUAAUGCCUUUUAGCGAGAACAGUUUUGUCAAUGUGUCCGGUAUGGCUCUUAGCUUGUGCGGAGACGUUUGCGUCGCUCUCAUUCGCGUAGUUUGCUUGUUGUUUCUACGCAAAAGCAAGCGACGCGAAUGACUCCGUAAAUGCUAAAAACCAUGCCGGAACGAAACCUCUGCUAGCAAGAUAGAAAGUGAUUUAAUCAGAGAAUUGUAAUACGUCAUAAAUGUCUGUUUGAGACGGCUUUUUUGUUUCUUUUCCUAGGAUCCAAAGCAGCAAACAUUGUUUUCAUUUGUUGAGUCCUUUGUGGAGGAUUGCACAGGAGACCAGUCCACAUCGCUGUGUGAAACAGUGGCUGAACAAGGUUCUCCUUAUUCUAAUAAUAAUAAUUCGGAGUUUAAAACAGAAACGUUAAAAGACGUCAAAUUUGUAAACACAAGCGAAACAAGAAAGCGAACGAAUCCUGAAUCCAAUUCUUUGGAGGAAGGCAAUCUUAGCCGUGCAGUGAAGGAUAAUUUUGAUUGGUUUGAUGGUAUGGUCAAUGACGGAGAUAUCUUUUCGGAUGACCUUUAUGAUCAAGAAGGUUUGAACUACCAUAUUGAACCUGGGCCAUGUGCUAAGAGAUAUCGCCGGUGAAUUGUGUUUUGCUUUGUAGCGUUGCAGACAUUUUUGUCCAAAGUGCCGUGAUUGCUGUAGAUUUCUAACGGGUCCACUCAAAUUGAGUUUUAAAGUGUGCAUAGAUUUUUUAAAACUAAUUAAUCACUAGUGGAAUAAGAUCUGUUGAAAGCAUAUUUUUGGAGUGUUUGGCUCAAUUCCAUGUGAAGACGCGUUGAAAAUACAAGUAGCCGUGGUCGGGUGUUAACUGUUUCUAGUGCGACCACAACCAUUGAAGGUAAGGCUGCCGAUACACGGCGCGAGCUCUCUAGUCCGACAAUGACAGGCUAUAAUCUUUUCACAUAUUGAAAAUCCCCCUAGUCUUAAACGCUUGCCUCAGUCUUCUUUGAAUCAAGGCAAAGGGGACUCAACACGUAGUAAGUCGGCGUGUCAUAUUGAUACAGCAACUAUCUUUAAACGACGAGAAUUCUACGGCUUUAUUAUGAGCAAGAUUAGGUUCUUUCCUGAUUUUUUAUUGCCCCUUCCCUCGAGGACAAGUUACGUUCAAGUCUUAGCCAAACCCAUCGGAACCUGACAAAUAACUGUAAUAUAAGUUAAAACCCUACUGGAUAUCAGUCGAGAGAAAUCAUAUAUAUUUACAGUAUAGCAAAUUAUUGUAAGCCUUUCGCGAGGCUUGGACCGAAUGUAAUGUAGUGCAUUGAAAAAACAGAGACUAUUGGUAGCUAUGUUUUGGUUCAUUAUUAAGUUGGUAUUUCUCAAUGUGAUUGAGUUGUUUUUAGUGUAAAGUGACAGGUCCCGUUUGAUUAAAAAACGAGAGAGAUCCGAUCUAAAUAUCUUUUUGGGUGUUAAACCUGUUUAUUUAGGCAAGAAUUACAUAUUAUAGAGCCCCAAUAACUCCUUCGGCUCGUGAUUUUAAACCCGAUAAAACACUGCUGC